CGCACCUGAGACUCCCUACUACUUGCCUAGCAUGUCGAUAGCUGCGCUGCUCCGCCAGUCCAGACGACGGUCCAUUAGCAGCGCCAUGGCGUAUCUCCAGCCGGUGCAACUGACUGGCAUGCACGCGCUGCAUUUAGCAACCUACGAUUGAUUCAUCCUUCAAUUGCCUCAGACUACCCCACUACCAUGCUGCUGUUGCCUUUCCUCUUCGCUCCUCAAUUCCCCCUCCAUCACGUACCUUCUGUGCCUACUCGCCCUCGAGCCAAUCCAUCAGCCAUGUCUGCCGAACACGCGGACGACCUCCAGGCCGAGACCACCGCCGGUUUCAAGGUCGGUGAGAAGAAGACUCUUGACGAGUACCAGCAGCUAGAUCAAAACGAUGAGUCCCUUCGCAAGUGGAAGGAGUCGCUCGGUCUCGGCUCUGGCAAGGACCUCUCUGACCCCAACGACCCCCGCAAGUGCAUCAUCCUCUCUCUUGGUUUGGAGGUGGAGGGCCGUCCCGAUAUCACCAUUGACCUCAGAGCCCCUGGUGCUGUCGAGGCUCUAAAGGAUAAGCCCUUCACCAUCAAGGAAGGCGCCGACUUCCGCAUGAAGGCCGAAUUCAAGGUGCAACAUGAGAUCCUCGCUGGCCUCAAGUACCUCCAAAAGGUCUCGCGCAUGGGCUUGAGCAACAAGAUGCAGGAGAUGAUGGGCUCCUACGGACCCAACACUGCUGAGAAGCCUACCUACGAGAAGAAGUUCGAGCCCGAGACCGCACCCUCUGGAUUCGCCGCUCGAGGUCACUACAAGGCCAUCUCCAAGUUUGUCGACGACGACGACCACACCCACCUGCAGUUCGAGUGGUCUUUUGACAUCAAGAAGGAUUGGUAG